GCUUUCCGCUGUCCUCAUCCGCAGCUCGACAUAGAUCCCCGGGAAUUGGAGCUCCUAUCGUUUUAUUUGUUUCGUUCGCGGGCACGACGCGGGGACGUUUUCACGUAUUUAACACAAUCGCCGCACCGAUCCAAACUGUCGAAGCCGGCUUCGUGUGGUUCCUUCGUUUUUCGGCUGAAAUUGGACACCGCUGAUGUUUCAAGCGUCCAUGUCCUCCUGUAGGCUGUGCCGCGGAGUGAUACUCCACCGGAGCCGACAAUGUGGAGGUUGUUAAGAUGUCUACUUGGGAGAUGAAAUGCUUACAAUUUCGCUCACGAUACGAGAAAGGAGCAGCACGAGAGUAAUGGUUCGCGUCGGAUAGCUGAUUUCAAAAAUUUCGUGACGGAGACGAGAGCGAGGCGAGGCGGCGGAGGAGUGGUUCAUUUCGCCUUUUUCUCAUCCACAUCGAGCCCACGGUCCGGACCACGGGGGGAAGGAUCCUAUCCCCAACUUUGUUUUUUUCCUCUCCACUCCAGCCGUUGAUUUCUCCCCGUUGGAUGCCACAUAACUGAGUCCAGUCGCUUGCUGAGACUGAAAGGGCCAAGUGAACAGCAGCGGGGAAUGGCUGCAGUGGAAACAGACAAGGAGCUCAGCGACUUGCUGGAUUUUAGCGCGAUGUUUGCGCCUCCAGUUUCAAAUGGCAAGAACCGGCCAACUACUCUCGCCAGCAGUCAGUUCGGAGGUUCAGGUAUAGAUGAGAGGAGUGGGUCCAGCCCCUGGGGCCCAGGUGAACAGAACAGUCCAUCUUUCAACCAGGGACGGGGCUAUGGAGAAGAAGGCCUUUACAGUGAUCAGCAGGGUAUGGCCUCUGCCCCCAUAUUUGGAUCGGGACAUAUUGGGAAGGCUGAGCGAGGGCCGUACUCGUCAUUUGCAGCUCAGCCUGGCUUUAUGCCCAGUGAGAUACCCAUGCACAGUCCUGAUCCCCUCUCCCCGUCUGGCCUGAAGUCCAACUCCCAGUUUUAUUCCUCCUAUGGGGGGAGCAACCCUCGAAGGAGACCCUCACAGGAGCCCAUUCCCAUUGAACCACAGACGAAAAAGAUCAGGAAGGUUCCCCCUGGCCUGCCGUCCUCAGUUUAUGCAUCCGCCCCAGGAGAGGAUUAUAACAGGGGCAAUGCUGGAUACCCAGCCGCUAAGGCCGGAAACAUCUACCCACCACCAUUCUACAUGCAAGAAGGCCUCCACCCGCCCUCCGAUCCAUGGGGCUCUGCCGGGUCGAUGGGUCAGCCUAGUUUUUCUUCCAUGCUGGGCAACACCCCCCAUCUGAGCCAGCAUCGUCCCUUCACCGCCAUUAACCCUCAAGACAGACUGAAACGGCAGCCACUGCCCCUCUCUCCACAAAACUACCCCCUGCAUGGCAGUGAGGUGAACGGGGCUCAUCCCGCUGGCUUCCACUCCGGCUCCAGCAGCUUUGGUGUUUCCAGCCACACACCCCCUAUUGCUGGAACUGACACCAUAAUGGCAAAUCGCGGAGCAGUACCUGGGAGCUCAGGCGAUGAGAUUGGAAAGGCCCUGGCAUCUAUCUAUCCUUCAGACCCGAACAGUAACGGCUUCCCUCCGUCCCCAUCCACUCCCUCUGGCUCACCUCAGGCUGUAUCAGGCUCUGCAUCCCAGUGGACGCGGUCCUCUGGCCAGGCCACACCUUCACCAAACUAUGAGCCUGGAAUUCAGUCCAUGCAGAGUAAAAUGGAGGACCGUCUGGAAGAAGCCAUCAAUGUUCUCCAGCGCCACGCCAGCGGGCAAGGAUGUGCAGGGCUGGCUGAAAUGCACAGUCUACUCGCGUCUGGGUUAGGGCUUCCUCCGGGCUUCAACAAUGCAGCACUUGGACUGGCCAGUCGUCUUCCUGGACUGUUGUCCAGUCUCCACGAGGACUCUGUUGGUCUGCCCUCUAGUGGAGGACUGUUGCAAGGUCACCGCGGCUCCCCAUCUGGCCAGCCGGGCUCCCAGCCAGAAGGUUUAUCUGGCCUGAAUCGUUCCAGUGGUUCAGAUAUAAAACAAGAGGACAAGGAGGAUGAUGACAACUUCUCAAUUACUGACAAGUCAGAGGAUGACAAAAAAGACAUGAAGGCCAGUCUUCGAUCAAGUCUGGAUGAUGAUGAUGACGAUGACAAUGAAGAUCUGCCAGUUGGGAUUAAGGUUGAGCGGGAGAAAGGGCGGAGGUUGGCAAACAACGCCCGCGAGCGGCUUCGUGUGCGGGACAUCAACGAGGCUUUUAAGGAGCUGGGCCGCAUGUGUCAGCUCCAUAUGAGCUAUGAGAAACCGCAGACCAAAUUGAUCGUACUGCAACAGGCCGUAAACAUUAUACUCAACCUGGAGCAGCAAGUUCGAGAGCGUAAUCUGAACCCAAAGGCCGCCUGCCUCAAGAGGAGAGAGGAGGAGAAAGUGUCGGGUGUGGACCCCCAGAUGCAGCUUGGUGGGGGUCACCCUGGUUUAGGAGGAGAUGGACACAACUCUGUUAGCCAUAUGUAAUUCUCAGUUCCUGUUGAUUGUACAGCCCUUAGAACACGUGGCCUUAAUCCAUCGUCGUCAUGCAUCUCAGUGUGUGUUAAUCAACUUUUGGAAAGCAUGUGACACACACACUCACACUCACACUCACACAAACACACACCUCAUUACUGUCAAAGCAGGUGGCCACAUUCCUGAUGAAGAAGCACACACAUACAGAAAGAGAAAAAAAGUGUUUUAUUACUCUUUACAUGACAAUACUUUGAACCAAGGACACUGUGUAGGAGACAGUGGAAGUUGGACAUGAGGACUUUCUUGUGAUCAUGUUUUUGUAAGACAUUUUGGAGAGAAAAAUUGAUUUACAUGUUGGGAGCAAAACUUGUUUGGAUCAAAUAAAACUUUUGGAUCAGCUGCUCAUGGAGGCAGAGUUAGGAUUUCGCAUCGUCGGAUAAUUAUUGGCAUUCCCAUCUGAAAAGAAGGUCUUACAUUCUACAGAGGCAAAGACGGAUGCUUGAGGUGAUGUUACGUCUGAACAAAAACCUGUUAAAAAUGUGUCAGAAACGAGCCUAAUGCAUAGUCUUUGGUUAAGAAAAGAAAAGUCUCUUAUGCGAUGAAUGAAUAACAGAGGUAGGUUUGAAAUCAGAGGUGAGAUCAAGCCACUGAUGAGCAAUCGGGGCUGACUCCUCUUUUUGAUAUUCUGGUAAUUCUGGCUGGAAUUUUUAUUUUAUUUCUUGCUUUGGCUGAAAAGGUGCCACAGUGAGUGACUCACACGUGGUGGGAAUUUUUUUUUCUUUUUAACCGUGGAUCCCUGGUUCUUAACUCUUUAUGUCCUGUACAUGUGUUAUUGUCACUGCCAUGCAAGUGGAAUGGAAAGACUGCCGGAGAGAGACCCACCACCGACACAAACACAAGCAAGGACUCUACAAAAUGGAUCCGCAGUGGUGUUGAAUCAAAUAUGCACACGGAAAUCCCAUCCUCCCCUCUGUGAGGCUGCUGUUGGACUUGAGCACACAGGAGUCCUCCUCACAUCUGAAAUCGUCAUUGAGUCAGUCACUCGGUCUCAACCAUGUGGUCUGCAUGAACCCUCUGACUCACAUCAAAUCAUAUGUAAUAACACUGUUACGGCAUGGUGAACUUGUGUCUCAGAGAAAUUUCAAUUGUAGUAAUUAACAUUUUGCCCGAGACAAAAAUAUUGGAAGGGGUUAUGAGUGUUACUGCGAAUUUUGCCAUUGACUGACUUGUUCUGGUUGUUAUUUUCGUUGAGCAUUUAGGGUUUUCUUUAUUUCUUUACCCCCUUUCGAACAAUUGCAUAUCCUGUGGUAAGGAUCUUCCUUUUGUAGAACCCAUUUAAAGUUGUUGUUCUUUUUGUUCUGGUAAAUUUUUUACUUUGUAAUAUAGUUGUAUGAGUUUUGUUUUUUAUCUUUUGGAACGCUCUUUCUUUUUGUUUACAUUUAUAAGUGUAAGAUCACUCUCAAUUUAGAUUCCAGGAACAAAGUGAGGUGUUUUCUUUUGUGCCAGGUGCUUAGAAAUGUUAGAAAUGACAAAAUGAUCUGGCUGUAACAUCACAUGUUGUGAUAUUGCUCUUGUUUAAGAAAAAAAAAAAAAAAGUGAUUGAACACAACUCUGUCAGGCCAGUUGUAAUUGAAUUGUUCUGGUGUUUUUUUCCCGACAGUUUUUCUUUGAAUGAAUCUUUUGAAUUGUCCAGCACACCCCUCUGUCUCCUCCCUGAUGUCCAGCUCUGUGAUGAGCUUGUUCGUUGGUUUGAGGAAGGGGCAGAAGGGCUGGUCUGCACAAUCUGCAACAUAAUUCAGUGUUUCAUUAUGAAAUGAAGCAUAAAAUGAAUCAAAAAGGGUGGCCUUAGUCAUUUUCCUGACUUUGGGAGUUUUGAUAAUGGUUACUCACCAGUGCCUGAAUACUUCUCUCCUACAUGGUGGAUGAUGUUGCAUUUAAGGAUUAUUAUUAAGUUGUACCUUUUUUAUAAUACAGAUGUAUAAAAACAUAUAUACUUCAGUAACAUCUGGCAGUGUUUUAGAACAUCUAAUUGAAGAAUUACACUCAUUGACGCUCACUGCUUCAGAUGUAAGUUGAGUAAUAACUUGGUCUUCAACUUUGACGCUGAAAAAGUACCUAAAAUUUCUCAUCUUUUCUGUACUGAUUCUGUUGAAUAUAAUUAUGUCCUUGACUGGCAUGUGCAUUGAUAUGUAUGUACAGCUGUAUUGUGUCCUUAUCAGCUUUAUCAUUGUAAGCUGAUACUGAUAUGUGACAGUAUUUGGUUUACCUCUACCUGUCAUUUCUUCACGAAUCUUGCUCCAUGGAGUAGCCCCAAACAUUAUUGUCUGUGUACUGAAGACCUGUGCAUGUAUUUCUUAACACGAAAGAUAUGUAUGUCUACAGUAUUCAAGUAUCAAAACAAGCAUCUGAUAUUCUUUGUUAACAAACCCUUUCUGUCCUCCACCCGCAACAUAUCUCUCUGUCUUCACUCAUGUUUGGGGACAACAUCUAUGUAGGCCAUGUCCUCAAAGUGCCUCCUGUUUCCUAUUUUUUAUAUAUAAAGUAGAUACCGAGGACUGUUGUGUCUAUAACAGUAAUGUAGCAAUAAAUGUGCCAUUUUUAAUAACAAA